UAAGUAGUGUUACCUUGGCUCAUCCGGAUUUUAAUGCUCCAUUCAUCCUUGCGGUUGAUGCCUCUUUUGAUGGCAUUGGAGCUGUUUUGUCACAGCUUCCCCCUGAUGGAAGGGUGGCUAGACCAGUGGCUUUUGCCAGUAGGACUCUCUCACGCUCACAGCUAAACUAUCCAGCACAUCGCUUGGAAUUUCUUGCUCUUAAAUGGGCAAUAUGCGACAAGUUUAGCCACUGGCUAAAAGGGCGUCAUUUCACAGUCUGGACAGACAACAACCCAUUAACAUACAUACUAACCAAGCCAAGGUUAGAUGCGUGUGAACAACGGUGGGUUUCCAGGCUCGCUGCCUAUAGUUUCGAUCUGAAUUAUGUUCCUGGUAGCAAAAAUGUUGUCGCUGAUGCCUUGAGUAGAGAACCAUUUGUUCAGUCAUGCAUGAGCCAUCGCAUCGUAACUGAACCAUAUACCGCACUGCUUAACCAGGUGAACGGUAUGAUGGACAAAACGGUCCAAGAUGCGUUUCGUUGUACGAACAACUGUCAGCUGGUUGUUGAGAGCACGGAUGACAAUGCUGAGGUUCCCUCACCGACUCCCCAGACAUUAACGUCACAAGAUGUGUCAGCUGUUCUUGAGGCACAUGAGUCUGGAGGUUUCAGUCAGGCAAGAGCCACUGAUCCAGCUGUCUUGCAACUCAGUGACAUUGAUCAAUCUGCCUUGAUGCCAAAGAGUGAACUUGCUAAUUUACAAGGUCAGGAUGGUGUGUUGGGCCGACUUUUCUAUUAUAUGCAGCGUCACAGGAGACCCACCAGACGUGAACGCGCAAGUGAGUCACCUGGUGUUCUAAACCUGCUGAGACAUUGGCCUAAGCUUGUCAUUAAAGAUGGCCUGAUGUACAGAGUUAAAAAAGACAAACAAAUGAACAUGACAACUCAACAGUUUAUUGUCCCUGACUCUUUAAAAGCCAAGGUCCUCCAAGGGGUGCAUGACUCAGCUGGUCAUCAGGGCCAGGCCCGCACUCUGUCUCUCGCCAGACAGAGAUUCUUUUGGAUUGGGAUGGAACGUGACAUCAUUAACCAUGUGAAGUGCUGUUUUCGAUGUGUGGUUGGUAAAACUCCAGAACCUAAUGACAGAGCUCCCCUUGAAAGUAUUCACACCUCUGAGCCAAUGGAACUGGUCUGUAUUGACUUUUGGACAGCUGAGCUCUCAGAUAGGCGCUGUGUCGAUGUUCUAGUUGUAACAGACCACUUUUCCAAGAUGGCACAUGCGUUUCCAUGCAAAAAUCAGUCAGCCAAACAAGUUGCUCGUCGUCUGUGGGAUGACUUCUUUUGCAUAUAUGGCUUUCCUAAACGCAUUCAUUCAGAUCAAGGAGCAAAUUUUGAAAGUCUUCUCAUCAAAGAACUGCUGGACAUGGCUGGCAUACAGAAAUCUCACACCACACCGUACCACCCGAUGGGGAAUGGCAUUGUUGAACGUUACAACAGAACCUUAGGUAACAUGAUACGAGCACUUCCUCCCCAGUCCAAGUCAAGAUGGCCUCAGAUGCUCCGAAUGCUAACAUUCUGCUACAAUUGCACUGAGCAUGAAACAACUGGGUUUGCACCGUUUUUCCUUAUGUUCGGCAGGAUCCCGCGCCUGCCCAUUGAUGUGGUUUUCCAGCACGCUCUGUCAAAUGGCCCAGUUGUAGACCAUCAUGAGUUUGUCUCCCGCCUCAAACAUGACCUCUCUGUGGCUGCCCGCAUUGCUCAACAAAACAGUUCAUCUGAACAAGCCCACCAAGCAAUGUACUACAACCGCAAAGCUAAAGGUUCUCCUCUCGAUGUGGGUGACAGAGUUUUGGUUGCUAAUCGUGGUGAGCGAGGGAAGAGGAAAAUUGCAGACAAAUGGGAAUCAACAGUAUACGAAGUGGUGUCUGUGAAGCCUGAUAUAAAUGUGUAUUGCAUCAAAGAUCCUGUCACAUCAAGGACAAAGGUUCUCCACAGAAAUCUUCUACUUCCUGUCAACUUUCUCACUGCUGCUGCCGUUUCUGCUGUUGCAGACCAUUCCUCUUGCCCUUCCACAGCGGGAAGUGGACUCUCUGACCCUAUUGUGCCUGAUGAAGUACAGGACAAUGAAACUAAAACUGUGAACUGGCUUUUGCAAAUGGAGGACAAUAGUUGUAUGGAUGAAGUUGUAAAUCACCCUGACUGUGCUUCUGACAUUCCAGUACGUGGUUCCUCAGUGGACAUUGUGUGUCCUACCUCAAGUGAUGUGACCAAGGAUUUGCCUGAACCUGAUCUCCCUGGACCUGUUGCACUGUCAGACUCUCCUGAACCAGUUUCCAACCUUACAACUGCAGCUGUCCUCUCUGAGCCCAUUCAGCAUGAUCUUUCAGCUGAACAUGGUACUGACACAAAACUGGACUUGCCUGCGACUGAUGUUGUUUGCACUCAGCCGUCUCGGCUUUGCACUAGGUCGGGUAGGCCUGUUAAGCCUCCAGCCAGACUUAUAUGUGAAAUGAAUGAACAGGUUGUGGAUGAUUCAAUGUCAACUGUGGACUCUCUGUUUUCCUUUGUAAGGACCAUGUUUGCAGGGUAGAUUUGUGUUGUUUCAAAGUUUUUUUGUUUUGUUUUUUUUUCCUCAGUGACUGCUUUGUAGAGCAAUGGUUGUAUGUCAAAAGGUGUAAAUGGCAUCUUUUGGGUCUGUGUUGGUAAGAGUAAUGGCCGCACUUUUGCUAACAUUAUUCCUCAUGGAUAGUUUUGAACUGAUGUGACUACUAUGUGCUCUUUUUAUUGCACUUUUAUUUUAGUGCUGUGUGUACUUGUUUGAUACAACCCCAUUUUAGCAGAAUUUACAGGGGGUGUAUGUAACAUAGUUAAAAUGGUUCAGGUUAAAUCCUGCUAAAAUGCACCAUCUGCUGGUAAAACGGGGUAUUGCAUUCACCCUAGAAAGAGCGGGGUAUUAUGGGUAAUCCUCAGAGCCAUGAGGAUCACUGUCGAGGAGUUUCUUUCAUGCCAGAGACUGACUUUACCUCGGUGCCCAUGUGUGAAAUGCAGGUAUGAAAUAAAGAAAACAACUGAUGCCAGAUUGAGCUCCUAGUCCUUCAUUUCUGCACCAAGAAGCCACCAGAUCCACGUAGGCCACACUAAGGAGC